CGACCUGUUUCUGUCUCACCACUCGUGUGUUUGCUCGUAGGACUGAUGGAGCACACGAAGAUGCUGCUGCGAGCCUUCUUUGAGCUGUCGCAGACUCACAGAGCGUUUGGAGAUGUCUUCUCUGUCAUCGGUGUGCGAGAGCCUCAGGCUGCCGCCAGCGAGGCCUUUGUGAAGUUCGCUGAUGCUCAUCGCAGCAUUGAGAAGUACGGCAUUAAGCUACUGAAGACCAUCAAACCUGUGAGUUCAGAUUCAGAUUGGAGUAUUUAUCACACUGAAAGUGCACAAAGACAAAAACGUGGGUGUUUAUGUUCAGCAUAUUUCUACUAAUCUGUCUCCAUGUGACUUUGGCAACGUAGAG